ACUCCUCCAGCACGCUCCACACAUCUCCGCUAGCCAUCGUUGCUCCCACAUGUGUGUCCGUCUGUGUCGCAGGUAAACAGGCUCGCCGAGAAACACAACCGGCUGCCGUUUGGUUCCGAGGUACAAACAUGGCGUCCGCCGUGCUGAAGGUUGCAGUGGCAGGUCUCUCCAGAUGUUCUCGUCUCACACUCAUGAGGGCACAUUCAACGACAGCAUCCCUCCAUCAGGGUGUUCCUGGGUCUCUGUGGAAGCUGGGGAGGCUGAACCACAUUGCCAUCGCUGUCCCGGACAUGGAGAAGGCCACAGCUCUGUAUCGGGACGUGCUGGGGGCCAUGGUGAGCGACAAGGUGCCCCUGCCCGAGCACGGCGUCUACACAGUGUUUGUGGAGCUCGGCAACACUAAACUGGAGCUGCUCCAUCCUCUGGGGGAGAAGAGCCCGAUUGCUGGUUUCUUACAGAAGAACAAAUCUGGAGGAAUGCACCACAUUUGUAUUGAGGUGGAUGACAUUAAAGCUGCAAUAGUCGACCUGAAAGCAAGAAACAUCAGAACUCUGUCAGCGGAGCCUCGGAUAGGAGCUCACGGGAAACCAGUGAUGUUUCUGCACCCUAAAGACUGUGACGGUGUGCUGGUGGAGCUGGAAGAGGCGUGAACACCUCAUUCUGACAGGGACUGAUCCAUAAUCUUUAUGAUAAAAAAAUUAUGAUUUUAUAAUAUUUGUAUUAAUAGCACUUAGGUUUUGAUCCUCUCAUUUCACAAAUGUGCCUCAAGGUUUUUCUUCCAGUUCUGUUCUUGACUUUUCUGUUGUGUUGGGAAUAAAUUAUAGUGUGGUGUUCAAUGGA